CUGCAGUCGCGCCGCUUGCUACCUCCCCCCCUGCCGAUGAGGCAUCCAUGCGUGCAGCCAUCGAAGCCCAGGCUCAGAGCCAGGCGGCUGGGCCCGGGGCCCGCAGCUCCAGUAGCCGGCCCUCUAGUUGCGCAGCCUGCUGCCCAGCCCGCUGCCAUCCUAGCCCAUGUCCGGAGCCAAGCGGCGGCCGCCGCGGCCCCGGCGCCGGUUCUCGGUCUGCCCCCAGUCGCUGGCGGCGCUGGCAUGCCGCAACCCGUGCGCCUCGUUAGGUUAACACCAGAGCCGAGCACGAGCAGGCAGUCUCAAGCUGGCUUAUGCGGGUGCGGCAGAUCGUAGGAAGCAACAAGGACCCGAGGAUGAACCUCACUUCCCACUUUGCUUCCAACCUCUCUUCGCAGGUGGACCUCCACAAUGUGGCGCAAGCUAUGGGCGUCCGUAUAGUCCAUGGCUCGCGCCGCGGUGGUGCCACCUACAGCGGCGCCCCGCCUUUUGCGUUCGCUACGGGGGGCCCGAACCAACCGUCUCUGGAAGUCACCGCGGCGUUGUCGCCCAAGCAGAAGUUUCAUAUUCAGCUUGUCAACAAGAGGUUUGGCACUGUAGUUGUGCGCGGGGGCCAGGCCACCCUUGACACUUGGAUCGAGGAGCUGACUUUGUUUCUGGGUCCAGUGGUCGACCUCCAGUCACCGGCCCCGCCGGCCUCUAGUGCUAAUUUGUUGCGCGAGCCGGCGCCGAAGAGGUCGGCGCGCCAGAUUCUCGCUGACGCGGAGGAGGCCAUCCAAAGGGGCAUUGGCAAUCUCGGCUGAACGUCGCGGGCGCACGGCCGCCCGCAAGGCUCGAGCGGGCCACUAGGUAACCUCAUUAGGGCAUCCCGCUGCAUGCCCUGCGUCGUUGCCGCCCCAGGAAGCCAUAUGUCAUAUGAACCAUAUUGGUUGAGGCGUAGCGGAA